AUGAGCGACAAUGGCAGUUAUCUGGAACCUACGCGGGCUAUUUUCACGCAAAGCGACUUGCAUCACUUCCUCGGAUCUCCGGCCCAGCAAAUGAUAUUGGUGUUUGUAAAGCAUCUGAACGAGAGUGUUAAGAGUAAACGUAUCUCGAGUGAUUAUGAAGUGUCACCGAACGUUCAAAAGGCAGUAGACCUAUUGAACGAAGUCAACUCGUGGAUUGUCGAGAUUCCACCUAUUGACCAACCCAUGCGCUUUGGCAACAAGGCUUUUCGUAUAUUUUACGAUCGAGUUAUCGAGAGAACACGUACGAUGCAGGAGAAUAUGCUGCCGGAGGAAAAGCGUGGCGCUGUUAUUGAACUGGCGGCAUAUCUGGAUGACUCUUUCGGAAACCGCGUCCGGAUCGAUUAUGGCACAGGCCAUGAAACCAGCUUUAUUGUGUGGAUGUGUUGCCUGCACAAAAUUGGCUUCUUUAAACAAUCGGACUUCCCAGCACUUGUGCUGCGUCUCUUCAAUUCAUACCUAGCGCUAAUGCGCCGACUACAGAAGCAAUAUAUGCUCGAGCCAGCAGGCUCUCAUGGCGUCUGGGGCCUCGAUGACUACCAUUGCCUUCCGUUCUACUUUGGAUCUGCCCAACUCAUUGGGCAGCACGAGAUCUUACCUGAAAGCGUACACGAUGACACUGUAUUGCAGGCAAGUCACGAGGAAUAUUUGUAUCUGGAUGCUAUCAAGUUUAUCAAGGAAGUAAAGGCAGGCUCACCAUUUGCAGAGACAUCACCGAUGUUGAACGACAUCAGUGCACUACCAUCAUGGGAGAAGACCAACGGAGGUAUGCUGAAGCUGUACGAGGGUGAAGUGCUGAAGAAAUUGCCAGUCAUCCAGCAUUUGCGCUUUGGUACACUCUUCCCUUGCACAUGGACGCCAAGCCACGCAGCCGACGAUGGUUCGACCUAUGUCCCGUUAAGCACGCAUCAAGGUACAAGCACUCGUGCUCCUAACUUUGCUGUAGAAGGUGUAUCGACCAAAGCGCCGUGGGUUACUGCAGCAACGCAUCCGUCCACGCAAAACACAUCGAUGUCGCCCCUACAUCAAGCCACGAAGACGCCGGAGAAGUAA